UCAGGAGAGAAAGGAGAAUCUAGGAUUCAAGGCGGAGUGGAGUGGGAGCUGCGGAGGGAACCCGUCGCACGCCCCCGUCAUCCUUUCCCACUUUUCGACCUCCACCACAUCCAUCUGCGACACCAUCACCUCUAUAUCGCAUCAUGUCGUCGCCUCUUCCUCCUCCACCCCCGCCGCAAUGGGUAGUCGCGCUGAACUCCCCCAUGCCACGUCCCACCAAAGCUGCCACUAGCAUCCAGGAUCCACCAGGCUUCUCCAGCACCCGGGGAGGUAAACAGCAGAAGCAGCAGCAGAAACAACCUACCGAGAAGAAACCCGAAGAGACCGAUGCCCUGAAGCUCAAGAAGGCGUGGGAGAUCGCCAUCGCCCCAUCCAAGCAGAUCCCCAUGAAUGCGAUCAUGAUGUACAUGUCCGGAAACAGCCUUCAGAUUUUCAGCAUUAUGAUGGUCUUCAUGCUGUUCAAGGGCCCUAUCCAGGGUCUGAUCAACACCAAUGUCAUGUUCGCCAAGUUCGAUACUCCAACAACUCACGGACGCCUGUACGGGGUGAAGGCGGUUUAUGUUCUUAUGCAGUUGGGUCUACUGGCAUUGGGAAUCUGGAAAGUCAAUGCGAUGGGACUCUUGCCGACAACGAGAUCGGAUUGGCUUGCAUGGGAAUCGGAACGGCAACCUUUGGAGCAGGCUUAUUUUGCUUUUAGGUGAUACUCGCAUUUUUAUAGAGCGCUUGCAGGAUAUGGCAAAUUGGCAU